CUAGAGGAGGGACUCAUGGACCCACAUGACCUCCAAGUUCCUCAAGACAUCAACCGCACAAUGUCCCCUGCAGCUGAGCGGCUGCGCUAUAUCCUGGGAGAGGAGGAUGACAUGCCCACCCCCACACUGUUCACUGAGAUGGACACGCUGCAGCAGGACGGGGAUGAGCUGGAGUGGAAAGAGUCUGCGAGGUGGGUGAAGUUUGAAGAGAAGGUGGAGGAGGGAGGAGAGAGGUGGAGCAAGCCCCAUGUGUCCACCCUGUCCCUGCACAGUCUGUUUGAGCUGAGGACCUGUAUACAGACCGGCACUGUGCUGCUUGAUCUGGAGGGAUACUCACUGCCACAGAUAGUUGAUGAAAUCAUUGAGCAGCAGGUAGACGAGGGCAUGCUAUCUCCUGACCUGAGAGAGAAGAUCAGCUUUGUCCUCCUGAGGAAGCACAGGCACCAGACCAAAAAGCCCAUCCACCGCUCUCUGGCUGACAUGGGCAAGGCCAGCGGUGCCCGUAGUCCAGGUGCAGCAGCCGCAUUCAACCGCUCCACAGAAGACCUCCGCAUGAAAUCACAGCCAGGAGGCUAUGGUCGUCUGCGUCAUGCCCAAAGUAGGAGCAUGAAUGACAUUUCAGACACUCCGAGCACAGACCAGCUAAGGAAUAAGUUCAUGAAAAAGAUCCCUAGAGAUGCUGAGGCAUCAAAUGUUCUGGUGGGUGAAGUGGACUUCCUGGAUAAGCCCUUUGUAGCCUUUGUCCGCCUGGCCCAGGCCACCACUCUGGGAGGACUGACAGAGGUUCCUGUUCCCACCAGAUUCCUGUUUAUUCUGUUGGGGCCAACAGGAAAAGCCAAGUCCUAUAAUCAGAUCGGCAGAGCCAUAGCUACUCUAAUGGUGGAUGACCUGUUCAGUGAUGUGGCGUACAAGGCUAGAGAUCGAGAGGAUCUGAUUGCAGGUAUAGAUGAGUUCCUGGAUGAGGUGAUCGUGCUGCCGCCCGGAGAGUGGGACCCCAAAAUACGUAUAGAGCCUCCUAAAAAAGUGACCUCGGCUGACAAGAGGAAGUCAGUGUUCUCUCUGAAUGAGCUGGGUCAGCCGAAUGGUGCGGCCGGAGGAGGUGGAGGCCUCGCUGAGGAUGAGGAGAUGCCAGUGGCUCACGAACUGGGAGAGGAGCUGGCACACACUGGGAGGUUCUGUGGAGGUCUGUUUCUUGACAUCAAGAGAAAAAUACCCUGGUUGCUUAGUGACUUCUAUGAAGGCUUUCACAUCCAGUCUAUCUCUGCUGUGCUGUUCAUCUACCUGGGCUGCAUCACCAAUGCCAUCACCUUCGGAGGCCUGCUGGGAGACGCCACAGACAACUACCAGGGUGUGAUGGAGAGUUUCCUGGGCACAGCGUUGUCAGGAACAGUAUUCUGUCUGUUUAGUGGUCAGCCCCUCAUCAUCCUCAGCUCUACUGGACCUAUCCUCAUCUUUGAGAAACUGCUCUUCGAAUUCAGCAAGAACAAUGGUAUAGACUACAUGGAGCUGCGUCUGUGGAUCGGGAUCCACUCCUGUUUGCAGUGCUUCCUCCUGGUCGCCACGGACGCCAGCUACAUCAUCAAGUACAUGACCCGUUUCACAGAGGAGGGCUUCUCCAGCCUCAUCUCCUUCAUCUUCAUCUCUGACGCCAUCAAGAAGAUGAUGGGCUCCUUCAAAUACUACCCCAUCAACACCGACUUCAAGCCAGACUACGUCACCGCCUACAAGUGCGAGUGCCUGGCCCCAGACCCCAGUGAGUCCUGUGUCCCCCUUCCUGCCCCCCUCCACCCCUCUCUCCCUCUCUCCUACCAGUUAAACAUCACAGGCCUGGACUGGAGCCAGCUCAGUAAGAAGGAGUGUGUGAAGUAUGGAGGCUCUCUGGUGGGCAACACCUGUAAGUACGUCCCUGACCUGGCCCUCAUGUCCUUCAUCCUGUUCUUCGGGACCUACUCCAUGACCGUCUCCCUCAAGAAGUUCAAGUUCAGUCGCUACUUCCCCACCAAGCUGCGAAAGCUCAUCAGUGACUUCUCCAUCUUCAUGGCCAUUAUGACCUUUGUCGGUCUGGACAGGUUAAUUGGGCUCAAAACCCCCAAGCUCAUCGUUCCCACAGAAUUUAAGCCCACACGUCCCGACCGGGGUUGGAUUGUGCUGCCGUUUGGGAAGAACCCAUGGUGGGUGUAUUUGGCCAGCUUUGUCCCUGCUCUCCUGGUCACCAUCCUCAUCUUCAUGGACCAGCAGAUCAGUGCUGUCAUUGUCAACCGGAAGGAGAACAAACUGAGGAAAGGGUGUGGCUACCACUUGGACCUGUUCUGGGUGGGGGUGUUGAUGGCUGCCUGCUCCUUCUUGGGCCUUCCCUGGUACGUGGCCGCCACUGUCAUCUCCAUCGCCCACAUUGAUUCACUGAAGAUGGAGAGUGAGUCCAGCGCCCCUGGGGAGCAGCCUCAGUUCCUGGGUGUCAGGGAGCAGAGACUGACAGGGAUUCUGGUGUUUGUUCUCACUGGAGUCUCCAUCUUCUUGGCUCCCAUUCUACAGUUCAUACCCAUGCCAGUGCUCUAUGGUGUGUUUCUCUACAUGGGCGUGGCAUCUCUCAGUGGCAUUCAGUUCUGGGAGAGGAUCAAGUUGUACAUGAUGCCGUCCAAGUACCAGCCAGACUUCCCUUUCCUGCGUCACGUGCCUCUGAGGAGGGUCCACCUCUUCACCCUGGUCCAGAUCAUCUGUCUAGCUGUCCUUUGGGUGCUCAAGUCCACCGUCCUGGCCAUCCUCUUCCCUGUCAUGAUCUUGGGGUUGCUGGUGGUGCGUAAGAUGCUGGACAUGGUGUUCUCUCAACACGACCUCGCCUGGAUAGAUGAUAUCCUGCCUGGGAAAGACAAGAAAAAGGAGAAGAAGAAGGGUGAUAAAGAUGACACAAAGAAGAAAGACAAGAAGAAAGGGAGAUCAGACGACAGUGAAGACGAGGAGAAGUACCACGCGUACUCCAACUGCUCGCCCAGCUCUGAGUCUGACGUGGACCGCAGCAUCACCCUGCAUCUGAAGAUCUCCUGCCCAUCGUCCCCGGCGGUGCCUAUGGCCCACGGCCGUGGCAUGGCCUUCCCCGUGCCCCAGGUGAAGAUCGAGAUGGAGUCGGACUACGACACAGACACUGACCACCCCCGCCACAGGGACAUGAGCAGCGAAACAACGCUGUAG